AUGCCGCCCCCCGCGCCCGGCGCCGCCAGAGAGGGGAGCGCUCGCCCGGCUGCCGCUGCGCUGCCGCCAUGGACUGACCGACCGCCCCGCACGGCCCCGCACCGCCCGCCACGAGCUGACACCAUGAACCAGCUGAUCCUUUGCACACUGCUCCUCUUGGCCGGUGGGGAGCUGGCCAGGGCAUGUCCUGCAGGCUGCCAGUGCCAUGACCCCAGGACCAUCCUGUGUGCAGCCAGGCGGGGCCAGACAGUGCCCCAGGGGCUGCCCCCCAGCACCCUCUCCCUCUACGUCUUUGAGAACGGCAUCACAACGCUCACUGAGGACAGCUUUGCAGGGCUGCCUGCCCUCCAGCUCCUGGACCUCUCACAAAACAAGAUCACCAGCAUCCAGAGAAACAUCUUCCAGCCCCUGACGGAGCUUGUCAACUUGGACUUGUCCUCCAACCAGCUGCAGGAGAUCACCAAUGAGACCUUCCAUGGGCUGCGGCUGCUGGAACGGCUCUACCUGCAGAGGAACAGCAUCCAGCACAUCCACGCUGCUGCCUUUGACACGCUGGAGAAUCUGCUGGAGCUAAAGCUGCAGAACAACCAGCUCAGGGCUGUGCCCCCCCUCGACCUGCCCAACCUCCUGCUGCUGGACAUCAGCUGGAACAAGAUCCCUGCCAUUGCACCAGGGGCUUUCCAUGCUGUCAGCAUUGAGUCCCUGAAGAUCGCAGGGCUGGGCCUGACGAGCUUAAACGAGGAGCUCUUCCAGGUCCAAAACAACCUCCACGAGCUGGACAUCUCUGACAACCUGCUGGAGCGCGUCCCGGCGGUGCUGCGGCGGCUGGGCAGCCUCACCAGGCUCAGCCUGGCCGGCAACGCCCGCAUCUCCCAGCUGCCAGCUGAGGACUUCCAGAGCCUCCACAACCUCCAGGAGCUGGACAUCAGCAACCUCAACAUCAACACCAUCCCUCGGGAUUUCUCCGGCUUCUUCCCCAGGCUGCGGGCCGUGACGGCUGCCGGCAACCCCUUCAACUGUAUCUGCCAGAUGAGCUGGCUGGUGCAGUGGGUCAACACCAGUGGUGUGGUCCUGCGCCGCCCUGAGGAGACGCGCUGCCACUUCCCCCCAAAAAACUCUGGCAAGCUCCUCCACCACCUGCAAUACACUGACUUUGGCUGCCCCACCACCACCCCCACGCCCACCACGCCCCGCACAACCACGCUGCCACCGCCUGCGCCGCUGCCCAGCACCCACCGCCCGCCGCCACCCCCCAGCACCGCUGCCCCCACCCUGAGGCCCAGAGAGCCCCAGGGCAGCUCCACCUUGGUGCCCUUCAGCGGCACCCUGGCCCCCACCAGCCCCCCAGCGCCCAUCUGUCCCCCCCGCACGUGUCUGAACGGUGGCACCUGCCACCUGGGUGCCCAGAACCUCCUGGAGUGCCUGUGCCCCGCGGGCUUCACUGGCAUGUACUGCGAGGUGGAGGCGAGGGGAACGACGGCAGCCCCGGGCACACCAGCCCUGCCACCUGCGCAGCGGGUCAGCAUCGCCCAGGUGGGCAGCACCUCCCUCAAAGUGGACCUGCACAACUACAUCCAGUCCAAGGCACAGCUGAAGGGCAUCCGCCUGAGCUACCGGAACCUGUCGGGGCCGGACAAGCGGCCGGUGAUGCUGCGCUUGCCGGCCUCGCUCUCCGAGUACACGGUGCGGGCGCUGAAACCCAACUGCACCUACCGCAUCUGCAUCGGGGCGCUGGGGGAGGUCCCCAAGGAGGAGCACUGCGCCGAGGCACACACCCUGCCCCUCAGCCUGCAGCAGCACUCCCCUGUCACGCAGAGCCAGGACCCCAACCUCGCCCUGAUCCUCGUCCCUGCGCUGGCUGCCAUGCUGCUGCUGCUGGUGGUGGUCACCGCCGCCAUGUACUACUGCCGGCACCGCCGCGCCAAGGCACACGCCGGUGCUGGGGCGGACACCGGCCCACUGGAGCUGGAAGGGGUGAAAGCCUGCCUGGAAAACGGGGAUUUGAGCAGCCACGGCUGCAAGGUGCCAGAGGCAGCGAUGCUUUCUGGCAGCUCUGAGUGCGAGGUGCCGCUCAUGCAGUCUCACUACCCCAGCAACAACAACACCCCAGGGCUCAAACCCUCCUACUUCUGAAACCCACAGGGCUUCCAGAGCCUUGGACACAGGAGGGCUGAGCUGCAGUGGCAGCACCUGGCCAUGUCCCUCUGGGAUACGGAUUGCCAAGGAGCUGACUGAACUGAGGCAGUAACCCCCCCAUCCCACAACGUGCAAUUUCCGAGAGGCUGCCGUGCUUCGGGAGGAGACACGAAUUUUACUGCUCAGUGCCUUGAUUUCUGUGACUCUACCUAGAAUGUGGGUAGCGGAAGAGAAGGGGGGUUAAUUUGGGGGUUGUGGGCUUUUUUUAGCUCCUGCUAAAGACAAAGCUGCUGUGACUGGGCUGAGGGACGCCCACGUGCUGGUAACAAGGGUCCUUCAGCAGAGCCUGGCCCAUGACUCGACUCCCUGGAAGCUGAUGUGAGCAAUACAGCCCGGCCGAGGUGCUGGGACCCUCGGGACCCCCCGGGCCAAAGGAAGUGCCGAGCAGGCAAACCGGGAAUUGAAGCUUUAAGAACUCAGAGAGAAUAUUUAUACGUCGUUAUUUCCCAUUUCUUCUGGGAAAACUUUUUUUAGUACAGGUUUGUGUACAUCUCUUUUGUAAGGCAGAUCAGAAGGGUGUCUUUUUGUAAAAAAAAAAAAAAAAAAACCCAAAGUAAUUAAAAUAAC